GUCGAAUCGGGGCGGUCAUUGUGUAAAAUUGUGUCUGAUUGGAAGAACACGAUCGACGAAUUCUGUCGACACGGGUUAUCGCCGACCUUGUACAAAAAUCGCAUAUAUAUAUAUAUACAUACACAUACGUGUACAUACUUAAACCGUUUAAUUUUAGACUGAAAGUAUUUUUCAAAGGCAAACAUGUAAACUGAUUGGCGACUACGUAGAGGUUUCCCGCAGUAACCUGACAACGAUCGACACUGCUCGGAGGGUCAUCAAAUAGAGAGUUUGUCGAUCGAUAUAUUCAUUUGUCGGAGAAACAUCGAGAAUCGCACUCUGAUUAACGAAAACUCGACACGGGGCAAUGUGUCGAUAGCGUAGUAAUAGACGGCCUGAUAUUUUUCAUCUUCUCGAAGAGAAACCCCGCUCGAAACCCCGAAGGAAUUCGUCUUCCAGGUGCAAGGAUUAUGCAGGCGUCAUCCGUCGCAUCUACUUCCAAGCAUUGGUCGUAUCGUUUGGAAAAUGUAUCACGAUUUUUGUUACCCGUCAGGGAUCGCGAAGUAAGUUUCACCGUGGAAACAAUACCGACGAAACGUUGUCGAGAAGCUUAAUGAAAGUUCGCCAACGAUGCCUGCACUCGAGAUCAUUUCGCUAGAGCCUGAUGGUGUAAACGAAGUAAACGGAAUCUGGAGGAACUGCCGUAGCAGCGCUUCCUUAGAUCUGUCUCCUUUAUCUUUCGUUUUAUUCGUUCUUUCUUCCUGCCAACUGCAUCGGGUUUCGCUGAACUUGAGAUGCUGAAUGAUGAGAGAAACUUCGACAAGAUGGUCUGAUCGAAAAUUUAAAUCUUUCGUACUAUCGUAUCGAUAGCGGACUAGGAUGGCAUAAUUGUGAUAAGAUUUCAAUGCCAGAUAAUGUAUGCGGUUAUACACGCGGUAUCUUUCAAUCAUUCAAAAUUAGUUAGCAAGGAAAGUUCCUCUGGCAUGUGCGAUCGAUUCCAAGACAAGGUAGUAUUUCGUAGCGGUAAAAAAUCGCUGGACAAUGAGCGCAACGCUUUUAGUUUCGAGUUGGAUAACAAAACAUACAAGAAUCGAUUAUGGCUACGAAAAUGGUUAAUAGGACUUCUGGUUUUCUUGUUUGUGUCAUUAAUUGUGAUAAAUACGUUCAAUACCGAUCAAUUUCGGGCAGCGAGGUAUGGGGCCAUUGUCAACGAUACUUCACAAGAGAAUUACGUAGAAUUAAAGCCUUUUUUCACGUCCAUAGCCAACUCUGGUUUCGUAGUUCGCAACAAGGGUUGUAGAAUCCCAGCGAUAGAUCCUUUCGAUUCAGCGAUCACGCGGUUCAUCGAGAAGGAGAAGCUUAAUUGCGAGCACGGGGAUUAUUUACCACUGGUUGAGUCGAACGAAACAGCGCUGUACAUAAACGUAGAAGCGAUCAGCCAUUUUUACAACAAUUCGAAGGAAAUCGAUUGCUGUUGGCGUCCGUUCUGGCGAAUGAAGGACGAGGAUAACGUUGUUACGUACAGUAACGAGUGUUUCAAGUUCGAAAACUCGGCGGUGGUGAACACCGAGUUCGUGAAAGUCGAAUGUUCGCGUAACAAUGAGGUGAUAUACAAGGAUUAUCACGCAUUCGUGCCUCGUUUCCGGUCGGUGGAAAAUAAAUGCGAGAGGGCUAGAGCUACCAGUUCCAAGAGCGAACAUCUCAGCGUGUUAAUAAUCGGCCUUGAUUCGGUUUCCAGACUAAAUUUCCACAGAAUGAUGCCGAAAACGGUUCAAGCGUUGCAAGAGCUGAACGCAGUGGAGCUGUUGGGCUACACCAAAGUGGCCGACAACACGUAUCCGAAUUUAGUGCCUGUCUUAAGCGGCCUCACCGAGGGAGAAUUGCACGACUUGUGCUGGCAAAGCAAAGAUAAAACGUUCGACGAUUGUCCGUUCAUUUGGAAAAAUUUUAGCGCGUUUGGUUAUAGAACAGGCUUCGGCGAAGACGCAUGCGGCAUGACUACCUUCAACUAUCUGAAACGCGGUUUCCGGGUUCAACCGACCGAUUAUUAUCUCAGGCCGUUCUGCAUCGCGUCGGAGAAGGAUAUCGGUAAUACGCAUAAAUUGAACGCGAAUCUCUGCGUGGGAAGCAGGAAAACGUACCAGAAUCUGUUGGAUUAUACUAAGAAAAUCGCCUCGCAAUUCGCCACCGAUCCGUACUUCGCGAUGAUCUGGCAGGCCAGCUUGACCCAUGAUUUCUUCAACUAUCCGCAAUUAGGCGACGUAUCCUACUACAACCUGAUCACCUACCUGUACUCUCAACACCUGAUGAACCAAACGGCGUUGAUCGUGAUGAGCGAUCACGGGAUGAGAUGGGGAAGCUUUCGUCAGACCUAUCAAGGUAGAAUGGAGGAUAGCCUACCAUUUGUGUUCGUCGUACUGCCUCACUGGUUGAAGGAAAAGUACCAAGUAGCUUGGGCGAAUUUCCGAAAAAACGCGCGAAGUCUAACCACAGCCUUCGACUUGCACGAAACCCUAUUGGACAUGCUGCAUUCCGAGGACCUGGACGAGUCGUGCCUUAAGAGCCGCCUUAAAGCCUUGUUGAAGGACAACCAUCUGCCUCGCGGAAUCAGUUGGUUCUUACCCAUUCCCGAUUACCGGACGUGUAGCAUGGCAGCUAUUGCCAGUCAUUGGUGUAUGUGUCAUAACAGCUACGAUGUGCCUGUAGAGGACGAGCACCUUCGGGAUAAGGCGGUCUUUUUGGUCUCAGAGUUGAAUAAGAUGCUAAAGAAAUUCGUGCAGUGCGCCGUCUUGAAGCUGAAAGAAAUUAAAGCCGCGAAAGCGUGGAAGGGAGAAGGUGAAGGUGAAGGAAAUCAACUGGUCGAUUACACGAUCACGAUACAAACGGAACCUGGUGACGCGAUAUUUGAGGGCACGGUACGGUACAAAAACGAGAACAAAACUAACAUUUUGGUAGGGUCAGUUAGCAGAUUAAACGCCUAUGGGAAACAGAGCGCCUGCGUCGAUGAAUUCAACAUGAGGCUAUACUGUUAUUGUUCGUAG